AUGGAGUUUUCAAAAGUAGAAACAAAUGAUAAUGGUAAACUGGAAAACGAUGACCUUAUAAAUAAUAUAAACACAUUUUUUGAAAAAAUACAAUUUGAUAAUAAUAUAAAUAAAUUAGAUAGAUUAAAAAUAUAUAGUUUGUCAACUGAAACAGAUUCGCGUAGGCAUUCAAAACAAUUACAAAAUGAAAAUAUUUUUGAACACCAAAAUGAAGAUAGAUAUGUAAAAUUACCACAUUCAUUGUCAUAUAUAAAUUCCAACGAAAUAAUAAACAAUAGUAAAUUUAAAAAUAUGUUAAUCAAUAAACAAACAAACAAUACAAAUAAUAAUACAACCAAUUCGGUAUUGUAUAUAAACAAUAAUUCGCUUAAAACAAAUGAAUCUAAAAAUAGCUAUAUUAAUCAUGAUAGUGUAUAUGUAAAAAAUGUAGCAAAUGCAUCUAACGAAAUAGAAAAAAAAAUAAAAAGUAUUGGAUUUAUAAACAAUUUAAAUAAAUCUAAUUAUGAAUUUAAUGAAAAUAAUAUUUUUAAUAAAUCAAGUAAUACAUUAAAAAUGGGUUCUGAAUCAAAAUAUAAUAAUAUCAAUUGUGAUUACGAAAAUAUAUCAAAACAAAUAGAUGCAAUGGAAAAUAUAGAAACAAUACCAUCAUAUAGUAAUUCACAAGAAAUAACUAAAAAUUUUCAGCCUACUAAUUUAUCAUAUAUAAUAAAUAAAGAUAUUCAAAAAAAAUCUGAAAAAUGUCUAAAACAAUCUGAUUCCUCAUUAAACAACUUAAAUGAAAUACGUGAUAAUAAUUUUAGCGAAUUUUUUAUUCAAAAUACAAAACAAAAUUUGAAUCAAAAACAUGAAUAUAUUUUUAAUAAUAAUGUUUUAUAUGAUAAUGAUGAGACAAAUAAAGAAUUAGAAACAGAUAAUUCAUUCAAAUGGAAAAAAGACGAAACAUCGAUAAAAGGAAAUAAUAGAAACGAGUCAAAUGAAGAUCUAAAUGAAUAUUUAGAAAAUGUAAUAGGACAAAGUUAUUUUUAUGAUUUAAAAAAAAAUAAAAUUGUAUGUAUUGAUGAACAAGAACAUGAUUCUAUUAUUAGUUUUGAAAAUGAUCAAAAUGAAUCUAAUUUAUCAUAUGAUUUUAAUAAUAAUAUUAUGGACCCCAAUUUUAUGAAUAAUAAUAAUAAUAAUAAACAUGUUCAAGAUGCAGAUGUAAAAGAUAUAAACAUAAAUAUGAAACUUUUGAAAACUAUAUUGUCAACAGAAUAUAAAAACAUAGAUAAUUUAUUUGAUCAAUGUAAUUAUGAUUCACAUAAUUCUGGAAAUAAUACGAGUUCAGAAAUGUUUACAUCUAAACAAGAUGCAAACAACAAAAUAUAUGGUGAACAAACAUUUCCAAAGACAAAAAAGAGUAUUUUAGAACAACAAUAUAUAGAAAAUUUUAUUUUCAAUGAAUUAAUGAAGCAUGCAGAAAUAGGGAAAGAAGAAAUAACUGGAAUUGAAGCAUCCAAAAUAAAUACUGAACAUAAUCAAUUCACAUCUUUAAAUAUAAAACCUACCGAAUCAAACAAUGAUUCUAUUAUUACAUUUUCGAAUGAAAGAGAUAACAAAAAUGUCCUAGAUAAUGAAACAGAAAACUGUAAUAAUUUUUUGGAAUAUAAUGAACAAAAUGUUAGGCAAACUCGUUUUGAAAACAGUUUAAGAAAUGUACAUGAAAAUAGAAAUGACAACAAUAAUGACAGUGUUGUAUGGUUUGAAAACAAACAUGAAAAUGAAAAAAUAGAAUGGAAAAAUAGCGAAGGAUUUAACAUUUUUUGUAAUAUUAAUGAAACAGAUGAACAAAAUUUUAUAAAUAGUAGAAAUAAAAAUGAAUCCAAUUAUUGUGAUAUAAUGAGAGAUAAAAAUUAUUCUUAUAAUCCGGAAGUAGGAAAUAAUGUGGAUAAUCCAAGAAUUUACGAAAAAAUAAAAAAAGAAUGGACAAAAAAUAUAGAAAAUCAAAUUGAAGAAAAUGGAGAAAAAUCAUUUAUAUAUAAUAAUUAUAUAAAUGGAGAAAUUAGUAAUGACAAUAUAUACACCCAUGAAAAUAAAGUAGCCAAAUUUACUUUAAUAGUAAAUGUUCCACCAAAUACUACUCGAAAAGAUUUAAUGGCUGUUUUCAGUAAAUAUGGAAAUGUAAAUUUAACUAUGGUUGUUUGUGAUAAACAAUCAAGGCAUCCUAAUAAAGAAUGGACAGCAACAUCAGGAUAUGCAUUUGUGCGUUUUUCAACAAAUAUUGAAGCACAAAGAACAUUAAAUGCUGCAAUUUCAGGACAAAUACGUAUUAAAGGAAGUAGAGUUAGAGCUACUUGGGCAAAAAAAGACUCCUAUUCAAAAAAAAAAAAAGAAUUUAAUUUAAAAGUUCCAUGUUCAGUAGUUAUUACUAAUGCAGAAGGAUUUAUAUGUUGCAUUUGUAGAAACUAUUUAUCUUAUGAUCCUAUAUUAUUUCCUUGUUGUUAUGCAUCUUCUUGCUCAGAUUGUUUUCAAAAUUACAUUAUAAAAGAAAUGAAUCAGCAAAAUAUUAGAUGUCCUAAUUGCUCAUUAUUCAUUAUAGAUCCUAUUAUUAAACUUGACCAAAAUUCAAAAGGGAUUUUAACUUUGUUAUAUAAAAUAUAUUAUAAUAUUAAAGUAAAAUGCGUAUAUGAACGUUGUAAAUGGAUUGGUUUUAACCAUCAAUACUUUUCUCAUAUAUUUACUUGUAACUUUAACGCAAUUUAG